AACCUCGUCAGGGGGUCUCUUUCAUGUCACGCUGGAGACGGAUGACACCUGUUGGCUCCGUAAGCUGCUGUUUGCCUGCAGCUCGCUCGCUCUCUCGCUCUCUCUCCUGUUGUGGCUUCACGUUUCCAUGAGACAGGACCUCCAGAUGCCGGGCUCUUUCCUGUCUAAUGCUCCUCUAUGGCAGUGAAUCUGAUGCUCUAACCCUUAAGUCAAUUACUCCCUAAUCACAUGCGACCACAGAAAAGCACUGCUCACCAGAGAAACCUGUUUGAAUUCUGGGAAGACAAAAUGCUAAGCAUAGACCGGCCGCGUCAUUUAAAUUAGGAUUUGUGCUUCAUGUGACAGGAUGACAAAAACAACCAUCUGCAUUAAUCUGUUUUAUUUUUAUUUAUGGAGUGAAAAGUCAGUGACAGAUCAAAGCCCAGAACAACAUCUUUAAUUUCUUACAGUGUACAGACAAAACCACAAAGACACUGCCUAAAUAAAUCCCACUUAUUUUUAGACAGAAGCAACUUUGUAAAUAUGUCCCUGGACUGUAGCAAUGAAGAAAACUUAUAAUAAUAGCUGAUCUGGUUGUUUUUAGCAUCAAUACAAGCGUCACAUAGACAGACCAUUUGAAACGUUAUUCCUGGCUCUAAAAGUCUUUUCUCUCCAUCUUGAGAAUGCACAGGUCCUGAACUAGCAUUUGCUUUUUAUUUAUAGCUCUUUAUACCAGACUUAAAAAAGUCUUAAGGAAUUCAUGACGUUAAUUGCAGAGUAAACACAAUGUGAACUGUUUUUUUUUUUUUUGGUCAAGACUGCUAAGCUUAUCGCAGAUGAUAUUUGGUCAGCGUUUUUUUUAAAUUAAAAAAAAUAUUCUUUCUUCACUUACUCUGAUAAGACGACAGAUGUGACCUCUGACCUGGCGCAGGGAAAAGUUUUGGCUACCUCCGCUGCCAGUGUCAGUGCAGAAAGCCUGCACAGCCUGCCUGGGACGGGAGGAGAUAAACACAGUUGUGUGUAACUCCUGUCACUCUCUCGGUUCACGGAGCGAGCUGUCGUACUGGGUCCUCCUCUCUCAGGGCUUCAUCUUCUGUCUUGGAUUCAAACUACUUGCUGAUGUAUUAGAUCAGAUUUUCCUGCUCAUGCAUGUUGUUAAAUGGUAUUUUUUGACGUUGUUUGCUUUCUUCAUGAGUGAAGUGCAUGCUGACUUUUAUAAUUUCAGGCGUAAACUCAAUUUAUGUCUGCCUGGAGCUUUAAGAUAAGGACACUUUUCACAACUCCUGGAAAUACAGUUUGUUGUGUUAUGAUGUGUUUUGAUGGAUAUUAAGUGCUCCCAGCAUGCUUUGCUGCCUGCCUCAAGUCAGUGCCCUCGUUAGCGUUUAUAUCCUUCAAGAAAUCAAGUAAAAACCCCAAAUUAUAAUUUACUUUCUGUUGUGUUACAAGUGUAAUGUGAAUAGAAUGGACUUAAAUUGGGGACCAUGUGCUGUGUCAGGCAGCUGAUGAAGACAGAAACUUUAGCCUCUGGUGGAUGUUGUUGAUUGUCAAACUGUCAAAUCCAGCAUUGUUUAUGAAGCAGCCUAAAAACAGCACAGGUGGCCAGUGUGUGUGAGCCUAUUAUGGGCAGCACAGAGUUUUGUCUCCCUCUCUGUCUAAUUGAACCGGGACGAAGUUUUCCAGCUGAAUUGGGUUUCACGUUGCAGCAGUUGUUCUCAGAAUUAACGAAGUGAAUGUAAUAGCACGGACUGGCUCACAACAAUGAGUGUGUGUUGGUGUCUUGGACAUUAUUAACUAUUUAAUCACUUCUUACCUUUCUCUGAAGUUCAGGUAAAUUCUUAAGGAAGGCACAAUGUCUGCACCGUGACCCCCUGAGUAUGUUUUGUGAAUAAAGCUCUGAAAUCUGGUUCAUGUUUUGUUCCAGGUUGUAGCUCACAUUGGGUGAUUGCUAUAAAGCAGAGGUUGACUGGUCUGGUCCUCAGCGACCGCUGCUGCUGGGGGACCAGAGUUAGCUGUCUCCCCCAGCUCCUGAUUGAACACACUGGAGCGAGGUAAUCAGUAGCAGAACUAUGGCUGCAGCAGAUUUGCUCACUCCUGCUAUAGAAACUACACAGAUGUGUGAUUGUUACACAUACUGUAAUCUAUUGUAUAUCCAGAGUGCCCCCUAGUGGCGGUGAAUGGGACUACACAGUAGUUCAACCCAACUGGUGCGGUAUAAUUGCUAUCAUAUAACUCAUUCCUUAUGUUUGACAGCUUUUUUGCUAGUAAUUCCAGUAAAGGCACGUAUUUUACUUUUAAUGCUAUGGCUGUUUUGUUGUGAUCCAGGGUCAAAAAGCCAUCAAGUUGAGGUCUAACUUUAAACUCCAGCACAGCAGGUGGCGAUACGGACGGAUCGGCCUCGCUACAGACGAAAAAUGACAAGCAGAACCAGGAAGAGUCACAUUUUACGUUUGUCGGUGUAUCACUCUAGGGAAACAGUAAGAUGAAACGGUGUCAACGGUGAAGUCGAUGUAACGUCGGAGUCGAAUGAAUUAUGGAGCGGAACAUAAAGCCGCAACCACCGGCAGCAUCAGGCAGUGUUUAACACGGAAAUGCUACAAGUCUUAAGGACUCCGGCGUUUGCCCCGGCUAACGCCUGCGCUUUCUGUGGCGUCUGAGAAUGGACGAGGGGGCAGAAAUGGCUGAUGUGAUCAGCGUCAGCUCGACCGACUCCGAUGUGGAAAUCGUUGGUUCGUACAGCAAUGUGAUGACCAAAGAUGACCCGCUGCCCCUCACCGCCGUGCGGGUUGACAUCAACGUGGUGAACGCCAACGUCCCACCGCGUUAUAUUGACCUUACAGAUGCGAAAUGGACUCUUCCGGAGCUGAAGAUGCGUAAAAGGCGCCAUUCGGCAGCUUUGCUAGUGGUAGACUUGACUGAGAACCACUUGAAAAAUUGGCCAGAGCAGGAGACCGAGAACCUUCCACCCUGUGAAGAUACAAAACACAAAAGCUCCUCAGUAGAUAUAGUUGUUUUAGCUCCACAGCAGGACUGUGGUAACCCAAAGCCACAUCUGAGAGGCCUGGGUUUUCAUUCAGGAGACCAAAAAAAGAUCAAUGAAGCACAUGACGCUCAUGAUAGACUCGGUAGAAUAUCGCCUGUUCUUCACACUCAGUUCCAGGACCUGGAAGCAUCACAGCGUUCUGUCCUUUUAACCAAAGACUGUACACAAAUGUCGCUGUGUUUCACAGAAGCAAACAAUAACAGCAGAGAAGCAGAACACAUUAAUAAUUCAGGGAUGACUGCAUUAAAUGGUCCUCACAUGGAGAUAAAUGAGUCCCAUCCCAAGAUGGCGGAAUUACCAGGACAGGUAGAAGAGCAGAACAUCAGUGAGUUUACAAGUGCUAACCUACUGAUUAAGAAGUCCAUUUGGAGCCCAGCUGACUCGCCCCACUUUGCCUCAGAACCCAGCACCUGUGAGGACAAGACAGUUGACUUUUGUUCAUCGAUUUCUACCCUUUUACCGACAUCUCCUUUACCUCAGUGUGAAGCCGGAGGAGAGGUUGUCACCUCUAACACACAUCAAAUGGAACUGGACAAAAUAGACAUGAGACAAUGCUACUCUGAUAUUUCAUCCCCAAGUUCUCAUUCAACACAACCUAACUCUAACUGGAAGCCUUGUGACCUCAGGUCCCCUUCACCUUCAAGGGAUGUAUGUCUUAGUUAUAAGAGUCAAACUGACCCAAUAUUCACCCCUGAACAUGAGUUGAAGGCGGCAGAUGGAGCUUCAACCAGCCCUGAAUCUUUGCACGGUACAGCUCCCAGUGAGUCUGCUGUGUUUGUGCCUAAAAGUGGAGAUUUAGGGGAAGGAUGUGGGAGCGAGGCGUAUGGAGGGGAUCUCGGGAUGGACAGCCCAGUGUCUUUCUUCUGGCAAGAGGAGAGUGACAGAGAAGAUAUGAGUGAAGACAGUCAAUUAGACAAGCGAGCAGCAAGUACUGAGGACAGACAUUUUGUGUGCCCAGUAACCCUCCAGAAAUUGAUGUCUAGACCAGCUCCAUCCUUGAUUAACGUGGAAUAUGAAGGUUUUGGAGCUCCAGAGGUGCUGUGCCAUCAGAGCUUGAGUCUGGUUUACAGUACUAUUGAUGAGAACUACACAGAGGGCACUUUGCAGCUCUUGUCGGACCUACUACAACCUGGUUACUAUCCCCCUAGAAAAAUCACUACCCAUUUACUCCAUGGCAUUCUGCUCGACCCACAGUGUCCCUAUCACCUGUGUGAACAGGCCUUUAAGCUGCUGAUGAGGACACAGAGACAUCACAUAGCUGAUAAAACCACAGUUCCAUGGAACUGGGAGUUGUUGACCUCUCUUAUGGCUAAACAGGAUCAUGAGGAAAAACAUGGAGGUGAAGUUGUGUGCAUGUUUCUAGAGUAUGUUGUGCAGACAUUGUGGGAUGACUUUGAGGCCAAGCGUUCUCUCAAUGCCCUCCACCAAUCCAUUGCUAAAGCGACGCUGUCAUGUGAUCAGAAGUUCCAUCAAGUCAGGGACGUCAUAAAGUGGCUUUUUGCAGCCAUUGUGAAAUCAACGGCUUCUGGAGAGAGUAUGGCCAAAGAGAAAGAUGAACAAAUCAGGAUGGUGUCUCUCUUUCAGAGGAUGCUGUCUGUUUCUCUGGAGGUGGACCGCUCUCCCACUCUCAGCUCUGCCAAGCUGUCCCAGGAGCUCUUUCACAUGCUCAUCAGCAAUGUGUCUUUACGAGCACACAGGAUGAUGUUGUUGGAGAGCCUGCAGAGCAAACUGCUGAGAUGUAAGCUGUUGGAACAUCUGCUGGACUAUGCAUGCCCACUAAAAAUCCCUUUGCCCAUGUCCCUCAGUCUCCUGCUUCACUUUCUGAAGAACUGCACUCUGGCACCAGACCUUAUGGAUGGUACUGAAAGGUGGCAAAGGUGGGAAGAGUUGGUUCAUCUUCUCUGGAUGUUGUUGUUCAGUUACAACAAAGCAAUGAAAGGCUAUCUGUGCAGCUCCGUGAGCGAGCAAAGUGGCAGAGUUGGCAUGUUGGUGUAUAGAGCUGACGAUAAGGUGUCCAGAUCUGCCAUUUGUGAAGCUGUAGAGGCCUUCCUUUCCAGAUCCCAGGCGGAUCUCGGCCAAGCCUUACCGCUUCAUGUGGAAGAGUCCCUCACUUAUCUGCAAGACCAAUUGUUAGAUGUUUGCCAGUGUUAAUAAAAAAAUACUUGUUGUGGUUAUGUACUUUAAAGGUUGAAAGAACAUUUAUAUUUUUGUAUUUUAAAUAAAGGCUGUGGCAUAAUGGGUUUUGAGAAAAUCAA